AUGUCUUCAUAUCAACAACAGGAGCAUAUUACCAUCAUUGAAGUUCCGGAACUUGACGCCGUGGAGGCCAAACGGUAUAACUUAAGACCUAGGACUGUUGAGAAAUCCAUCAAGACGAAGGUCGUCAAGAACGUCAAGCUAGAGAUGUCAACCGGCACUUCUCCGACGGAGACUUCACAAAUAAUGAGUCUAACGACGGAACAGUUCAGAGAACUUCUACAAGCGGUUGGUAGUAGUAGCAAAAAGAAAACGUUACUAAGCAAAUGUCCCGCAAGAUUCAAUGGCACUCGAAGCCCUACAGCAGUGGAAGCGUUCAUAUCAGGCGUUUCUACCUUUAUGCAAGUUGAAGAGUUAGAAGAUAGCGCAAUCCUCGAGGGGCUACCCUUGAUAUUACAAGACGAUGCUGCAGUUUGGUGGCAAGGUGUUAAGCAUGAGAUAGAUACUUGGAAGGAGUUUGAAAAUCGCUUACGACACGCUUACGCACCAAAGAAGCCUACCUAUGCAAUCCUACAGGAUAUCAUUGAGAUUAAGCAAGACAAGAAUACUCCAACAGAGAUUUUUAUACAAAAGAAGCGAGCACUUAUUGCACAGUUACCAUCACCUCGGUUCACAGAGCAACUCGAGAUAGAUAUGGUUUUUGGACAAUUACGUUUUGAGAUCAGGGAUAAAAUAAACAGAGACACAAUAACUACUUUUAAAGAGUUAUCUGAAAAGGCCAGACAUGUUGAACGCAGUUUAAGUGAAAAAGCGGCGAAGAUGGACAAACCAGUAGCCAGUCACAACACAAAAUUGAAGUCACGCUGUAAUUACUGUAGAAUACCAGGUCACACAGCUGACGUUUGCAGAAAGCUAUUACGAAGGAACGAACAGGCUACUGAGAAACCAGAAGCAAAGCCUAGUCAAUCAACGACGUCGUCGAUUACUCCUUUGGACCCUGCAAAGCCAAAAUUCAAGUGUUACGGUUGUGGUGAGCCAGGCGUUGUCCGAAGUCGGUGUCCGAAGUGCAAUACUGAGAAAGUUAAGUUAGAGGAAAUCUGCUCAAUUAACUUAUCCGGAACACACCGAAGGCCUACAGUUCCUAUCAAGAUUGAUAACAUAGAAUCAAUUGGCUAUGUUGACACAUGUGCGAAAUCCAGUGUCUGCUCAUAUCAGUUGUAUCGAAGACUUACAGACGAGGGAUACAAGUUUAAGCAAGAAAGGAGAUAUAUAACCCUCGCAGAUGGUGUACCGAAGAUGCAAGACGUUCACACCAUCACUGUUCCUAUAUGUGUGUAUGGUAAAGCCGUACCCACUUUACUGGUUGUACUACCAGGACCCAGUAAUACGAAAACUUACCUAGGGGUUGACUAUAUAACCGACUCUCUGAUGAUUGUGAACAUUCCCCAGCUCACAUGUCGAUUUUUAGAUGAGCCAUCCAAAGUUUUCGACUUGAUGAUGGAAGAUAUAGGAGAAACUCUUAUUAGCCAAGUAGUAUCUGAAGUUUCGUUGCCAGAACUACUCUCUCCAACUUUAUCACUUCCAGAGAAGUGUACGACUCCGAAGAAGUCUACAUCAACGACUGAAAUGAGUCUUGAGCGUCCAUAUGGACCGUCCUUCAGUAUUGGGUUGACUGUUUCCCCAAAGAUGGCCGUUAAGCGACAGCUUGAGCCACAACUAGCUGAUGAAGCCCCUUCUACCUCUGUUCAAAGCAUGAGUUCUAGCCAGCUACCACCUGAAGAGAUUCUUAAGAAUUAUGGACCUCUAAUACCAAUUGAACUGCGCACUCCACCUAAACGUCAACGUAACAUUCUGCUCGAUGGAUACUCUCCUAUCAUAGAUGUCUUGAAGCGUGAUGCGAUGAGAGCUAUUGACGAAGAUGACAUAGAGUUAUCGCCUGUUUCCAGAAACCUUUUUGGAACUCCGAGCACAGAUAUUGCCUCUAUUGACGUAGCUGAACGAGUUCUCAGUCUCGAGGAGGAUCAGCAGUUGAACGAGUUGAUAAGUCAACACGAAGACAUUUUUAUUCCAAACGGAAAACCAACGACGCAUACAGAGCAUGUCAUCGACACUGGAAGUCAUAGACCCAUCUCUGUACCACCGUAUCGCUUACCGCCAGCAAAAACUGAAAUUUUGAGAGCGGAAGUCAGCAAAAUGCUUAAAGAAGGGAUAAUCAAGCCAUGCCAGUCACCAUGGUCCGCACCUGUUGUUAUGGUUCCUAAGAAGGAUGGAGGAACUAGAGUUUGCGUUGAUUAUAGACAAUUAAACGCUAUCACAACACCUGACGUGUAUCCCUUGCCUCGUAUUGAUGACCUUCUGCACAACGCUAAACGAACGCCUUUCAUGUCUACCAUAGACUUGCGUGCUGGCUAUUGGCAAAUCAAAGUUAAAGACGAAGAUCAAGCUAAAACUAGCUUUGUCACGCCAUUUGGCAUGUAUUUGUUUCUCCGUAUGCCAUUUGGACUCCGGAACGCCCCAGCCACAUUUCAGAGGCUUAUGGAUGGUUUCCGUAUAUCACUGAGUCAUAUAAAACUCUUAGUUUAUCUCGACGAUCUUAUUAUCAUGUCAACAUCGUUUGAGCAACAUUUAAAAGAUCUUCAAGAUGUAUUCGCUCGUUUAAAGGAGUACAACUUAACAGCGAAUAGAGAAAAGUGCAACUUCUGCGUCGCAAAGAUAAAGUAUCUUGGCCACUAUAUUACAGCGGAUGGACUGGAACUCGAUUCAGACAAGAUCAGUUCUAUUUUAAAGAUGCCCGCGCCUUCUAACCUUAAACACUUACUGUCUUUUAUACAAACCUGCUCUUGGUACCGAAGAUUCGUGCCAAACUUCGCUAAAGUUGCUGAGCCUCUCACACGUUUGACAAAGAAGAACACAGAGUGGACUUGGACAAGCGAACAGCAGACUGCGUUUGAGACUUCAAAGAAACUUCUUGUUUCAGCUCCCGUUUUGGCACAGGCUGAUGAUUCUAAGCCUUAUAUAAUCAAAUCAGAUGCCAGCAGCUAUGCCAUCGGUGCAGUUUUAGUGCAGGGGGAGGGAGAACAAGAGCAUCCCGUGGAAUACGCUAGUCGGUUGUUAAAUCAGGCAGAGCGCAACUACUCGACUACUGAACGAGAAGCUUUGAGCGUCGUUUGGGCAGUAAACAAAUUCCGUGGAUAUACAGAAACCACCGCGCGUAGUAAAAAUAUGAGCGAUAAGCGCUCCUCAAUGAGCCCGUUCCAUCUACGCCCGCGCUCCCUGUCGCGCUCGGCAGCGCGUGCAACCGCGCGCGCGCAGGAAGGCGCGUCUCAUCUCGCGCAGGAUGCGGCGCGGACAGCCGAUACAUGCCACCCGCCGGUACCACUACAGCCUAACUCCCCUAGCGACCAGUACGCGGACCUUCAAGAGUGCAACCAGUUAAACAGAAAAAUACUGUCGGUGUCGAUCGUGUGCCGCUGCCGUUGCUUCGUGGAAUCGGCGGCUGUAAAGGGCCCCACCCGUAAAGCACGGCGCGGCACGGCGAUUUGCCGGAUUAUACGGCCCGGCGCUGGGUCACGCUGCGGGGUCACGCCAGGGUAA